AUGGUUUCCAGCGACUCAGGUGCCAAGGAACGCCGUUUAAAAGUCGGAAAUCAAGUUGUUGUGAUGCAGAAAAGUAAAAAUAAACUAACAACUGUGUUUAACCCAACACCGCUAACAGUUACAAACAUAAAAGGAUCAAUGAUUACGGCAAACAAAAAUGAAUGGUCAAUAACAAGGGAUGCUUCAACGUUUCGUAAGUUAUUUGGGAGACUACCCCCAAGAAGUAGUAAAAAGGACGGCGAGGAGAUAUACGAGGCGGAAAACGACACAAACGAGCAAUCGGACCAAGAGGAACACGAGGAAGACGAAGAGUUUAAUGAAGGUGAUAUCGAGCAAGAUAAAGAAAGGAGCAAACGAUGA